CUCACAUUUUGAGACUCCCUCCAGAAUUUCCCCAAUUCCUUUCCCUCCAUAAGUCUCGUAUAUCUUUCCCCCAAUUUCUAUUUCCCCCAAUUCCUUCCCCCGAUUCAUACUUAUUGAAGGCUGUUGGAAUGUAAAACUCACAAUCUCCAAACAAUUGCAGCUAAGAUUCUUCUAUUUCUCCCAAUCUGUUUCUCCGGCUAGAAGAAUCGAGAUUCAAAUUAGAAAAAGUACAUGAAAUUCAUUUAGCAGCUUCAAUAAUCUCAGUUGAGAGAUCAAAAACUGUUGGUGAAGCUAUUGGGAUCGACGUUGACAGUAAAACAUUUGAGAGAGAUGCCGAAGCAAAAUAAGGUUAAAAAUCAAUUCAAAUCAGUCAAAGAGAGAUCUUCACUUGUUCCGAGGGAGUCAUCACAGGCUCAAGCUUCAUCUUCAACAUCUUAUCGAGUCUCUUUACAUUCUACACUGCCUACACAACCUACACAGCCUGUUAUUUCAGUUGAUGGAGUCUCUUCGCAACACGGUGUUCCAUCAUCAUCUGAUGGAGUCUCUUCGCAGCAUGUUGUAUCAUCUUCAUCAUCUGAUGGAGUAUCUUCUCAGCCCGCCGUUCCAUCUUCAUCAUCUGGUGCAAGUCUCUUCACGACAAACUGGACGUAGUACUAGCAAUGAAGAGCCUCAUUGGUUUGUCGAUGUUAUAGAUAAACGUCAAGUAAUAAAAACAAUUAGAUUGAAGGUUAAGGAUGUCCAUAAUUUGGAUAAAGGAUUGCGUAUAAUUGUAGAAUUUGAUGAAUAUCAUGCAGCAAUUGGGAAAUCGGCUGGCCUAAUUGCUGGAGUUUUAGGGCAGCUAGCAACAAAUCCUAUGUACUUUCCUAUUGGCUUUGAGAAAUGGCAAUCCAUGCCCAAAUCUUUUCUGGACCGUGUUUUUAAUGAUAUAAUAGUGGCAAAGGCAUGGCUUAACAGUUCCAUUAACAAAAAGUGGAGGGAGUACAGGUUAAAACUAUGGAAGGAGGCUGACGAUCCAUUAUUAAGUAAAGAAGAUAUCAUCAAGAACGUUCCGGAUGGCAUACCGAUGGACCAAUGGGCACUGUUUGUUACUUAUCGCAUGAAAGAGGAGACAAAGGAGCGUUGCAAGAAGAAUGCACAUAUUCGAAAAAAUCAACUUCCUCAUACUUGUGGUGCUAUGAGUUUGGCUAGAAGAAGGGCUGCAAUGAAGGCGAUGGGAAAAGCUUUUGAUCGAGGCAAAAUGUGGACUGAAACUCAUAAAAGGAAAGAUGGGAGUUAUGUAACUGAUGAGGCUAGGGUGAUUGGGGAAGGAAUUGAAGAAAUUCGAACUGAAAGAGCAGAAAGUCUUGAUGAACCUUCACCAAAUGAUGCACUUGGCAUAGUAUUCGGUCCCGAGCACCCCGCCCGUGUUCGAGGUUUAGGCUUGGGUGUAGUUCCAACUGUACCAUUCAAACAGACAUCUGCGAGAUACCGUCGUGGUUAUGUGGGUUCAUCUAGCACUACCGCUCCAACUCCGGCGUGGCAGCAAGAGAUGACAGAUGUGAAAUCAAAAUUAAAUGCACUAAUUAGCUUAUAUGAAAGGAACAUAGGGAAUAUCCCCGAGGAGUUUGCUCACUUAUUUUCCACUCCUCAACAGGCACCAGAUUUAGGAAGUGAUGCACCAUCAACAGUUGAACCAAGAAGAUCUUUAGAUGAAAGUAACAAUGAUGAUCGUCCAAGUGUGAGUUAGUGAUUAUUUUAUAGGAUCAACUAUGGAUCUUUUGGAUAUUACUGUGGAAAUACAAUUUGAAGUAUUAAUAUUUGGAUGAUGUAAUUUUGGUAUACUUGUGCAAGUGUGAAUUUGUGAUUAUUUUGUUGGAUCAACUAUGAAUCUUUUGGAUAUUACUGUUGAAAUACACUUUGAAGCAUUAAUAUUUGGAUGAUGUAAUUUUGAUA